GAAAGCAGGGGCGUGAACGCAACAUGACGCUCAAGCCCUGCGACGCACGUGUGCUCGAGGCGCGGUGGAGCGAUGGCUGCCGACGGGCUGCAGUUUCACGAAAUGGGCUUGGACGACCGUCUUUUAAAGGCGGUUGCAGAUCUGGGUUGGUCCCAGCCCACUCUGAUCCAAGAGAAGGCCAUCCCUUUGGCUCUGGAGGGGAAAGACCUUCUGGCUCGAGCCCGGACUGGCUCUGGAAAGACCGCAGCUUAUGCCGUACCCGUCAUACAACGCAUCCUGGCCUCCAAACAGACCGUGCGUGAGCAGGAUGUGAGAGCUCUGAUCCUGGUUCCUACCAAGGAGCUGGGUCAGCAGGUCCAGACCAUGAUGAGGCAGUUGACAGCGUACUGCUCCAGGGACGUCCGCGUGGCCGACAUCUGCGGGAAGGCGGAUCUGUCAGCGCAGAGACCUAUCUUAAUGGAGAAGCCGGAUGUGGUCGUGGGGACGCCGUCCCGUGUGCUGGCCCACCUCAACGCCCAGAACCUGGUCCUGCAUUCAUCCCUUGAGACACUGGUGGUAGACGAGGCCGACUUGCUCUUCUCUUUUGGGUUUGAGGCAGACCUGAAGAACCUGUUGUGUCAUUUGCCGAAGAUCUACCAGUCGUUCCUGAUGUCUGCCACUCUAACCGAGGACGUUCAGGCCUUAAAGGAGCUGCUGCUCCACAACCCGGUGAUCCUGAAGCUUCAGGGCUCCCAGCUCCCAGACAGCAGCCAGCUGCAGCAGUACAGCAUUAAGUGCGAGGAGGAGGACAAGUUCCUGCUCAUCUACACGCUGCUGAAGCUGCGACUGGUCCAGGGCAAGACGCUGGUGUUUGUGGGAGCAGUGGACAGAUGCUACAGACUUAAACUGUUCCUGGAACAGUUCGGUAUUCCUGCCUGCGUGCUCAACUCUGAGCUGCCCAUUCAGUCCAGGUGUCACAUCAUCACCCAGUUCAACCAGGGAUUUUAUGACUACAUCAUCGCCACAGAUGAACAGAGUUUGGUUGAUCCCACUGCAGCUCCACAGACUGCAGGCAAAGGGAAGAAGAAAAGGGCCACGGAGAAGGGAGGAAAGGCUAAGGACAAGGAGUAUGGAGUCACCAGAGGUGUGGACUUCCAAAAUGUUGCCAAUGUCAUCAACUUUGAUUUCCCCCCGACGGUGGAAUCCUACAUUCAUCGAGUCGGAAGAACUGCGAGAGCAGACAACCCCGGCACGGCUCUGUCCUUCAUCUCCAACACUGAGCUUGGUUUGCUGUCGGACGUGGAGGAGGCGCUUACAGGAGAAAGCGCUGAUUCUGUUCUGAAACCUUACGAGUUUAAGAUGGAGGAGAUUGAAGGCUUCAGGUACAGGUGCAGGGACGCCAUGCGUUCGGUGACGAAGCAGGCGGUGAGGGAGGCCAGACUGAAAGAGAUCAAGCAGGAGCUGCUCAAUUCAGAAAAACUCAAGACAUAUUUCGAGGACAACCCCAGAGAUCUGCAGCUACUCAGACACGACAAAGACCUCCACCCUGCUGUCGUCAAACCCCACCUGAAGAACAUACCCGAGUACCUCAUUCCCGAGGCACUGAAGGGGGUUGUGAAUCCGCUGUCCAGCAGGAGGAGGAAGAGGAAGGAAAUAUCAAAACCAGAAGGAGUCGUCAAGACCAGUUUCAAGAAGAACAUCCAGGGGAAGAACCCGCUGAAGAGUUUCAGAUACACCAGAGGGAGAAGCAGGAAAGGCAAAGCAGGCCAGUCAUAGCUGCAGCUGCAGUUCACGUGAAUGUGUAUCAGUCCUGGAUGUUAAAACUGUGCAGAGACAUUGACCAGGAGGAUGGUUUGGUCUCCAUGUUGGCCCAGGUGAGACAAAUGUAAGCUGUAUGGACUCGGCUCGGAAGCUAUAUGGGCCGCUGACAAAAUGGACUCAUGCUGACGUAUGCGGGCAGAAGAAAAACACAAGGAAUAUCAGUUUGAACCUGGAAUUUGUCAAAUCCGAGCACGAGACACCGUAUGUAGGCUGAGAGUGUGCGAGGAAUUCAUUAUCCAAAUGAUCUCAUUUCUAAUGCGUCUGUUCCGGAAAUAUUGAGAGUGUUUAUUAAAAUAAAACGAUUUCCCUUCAGACACUGA